AUGAGAGGGCGGGGAAUUGAAGCGUAUUAAUUUUCUCGGUGAAGAGGCCUAUAACUAAAUUACCGCAAGUCUCGCUCAUUAGCUGUCACCUGUGGUAUUUCUUUCGGCGUGAAUAGUGAGUUAUAAGAAACUUUCUUCAAAACUGUACCAUUUGAAACUGUGCUAAAAUGACUGGUCGGGCACGAUCUCGAUCAAGAGGCCGAGCACGUGGUCAAGAGACUGCAGCACCUGGAGCGAGCCAGGCUCGAGAGCCUGCACCAGCAGCUGCCCCAGCCACUGAGGGGGAGCUGGUUGGUAGAGGGAGACAGAAAGGUGCUCCAGGACCCUUUUCGGCAGAAGCUGUUAUACAGAUUUCAGCUGGAUUUCAGCAGGUGAAGCUGGGGGAGAGAGGUGGACGCCGCCGGGAUUUUCACGAUGCAGGGAUUAACACCAGGCAGGCUAUGGAGCAUGUUAAGGAAUCGAAGUCUGGAACAUCCGGUUCUGUUAUUCAGUUAACAGCGAACUUCUUUCGUAUCCUGUCCCGCCCUCAGUGGGUUCUGUAUCAGUACCAUGUGGACUUCAAUCCACCAAUGGAGUCUCGUCGGCUGAGAUCUGCCCUCCUAUUCCAUCAUGAGGAAGUUCUUGGCGCAGCGCGAAGCUUUGAUGGAGCUCUGCUUUUUCUGCCUCACAGAUUGCACAGCAAGGAGACUGUGCUUCACAGCAAAACAAGGAAUGGAGAGAAGGUUCAGAUUACCAUCACCCUGACAAAUGAACUGCCACCCACAUCACCAGUGUGCAUUCAGUUUUACAACAUCAUAUUCAGAAGGAUCUUGAGAAUGCUCAAUAUGCAGCAGAUUGGACGCAACUACUACAACCCCGAUGAUCCACUCAACAUCCCACAGCACAAGCUGACCAUCUGGCCGGGCUACACCACCACCAUCUUGAAGUAUGAGUCUGCCAUCAUGCUGUGUACUGACGUGAGCCACAGGGUGCUGCGCAGUGAGACAGUCCUUGACUUUAUGAUAAACCUGAGGCAACAGUGUGGAGAGCAACGCUUCCCAGAGAUCUGUUCCAAGGAGCUUGUUGGACUCAUAGUCCUCACCAAGUACAACAACAGAACCUACAGGAUCGAUGAUAUUGCAUGGGAUCACACUCCCAACAACACAUUCAAGAGAGGAGACACAGAUAUUUCCUUUAAGAACUACUACAAGACACAAUACGGUCUGGACAUCACUGAUGGGAGCCAGGUGCUGCUGAUAAGUCAUGUGAAGAAGAUGGGUGCUGCUGGAGAACCACCUCCUGGCCCGGCUAUGCUCAUCCCAGAGCUGUGCUACCUCACAGGCUUGACUGACAAGAUGCGAGCUGACUUCAACAUCAUGAGGGACUUGAGCGGCCACACCAGAUUGACCCCAGAGCAGAGGGAGGGACGCCUCAACAGAUUUGUCACUAACAUACGGAAGAAUGCUGAAGCACAGGCGGAGUUGGAUAAGUGGGGACUCAACUUUGAUGAGAAACUCCUAAAUUUCACUGGCAGAGUUCUCCCAGGGGAAAAGAUUUUCCAGGGACCAAGAUCGUAUGAUUACAACCCCAUGUCAGCUGACUGGUCCAGAGAGAUGCGUGGGGUGCCUCUGAUCAGCUCAUAUCCCCUGACUAACUGGCUCAUGUUUCACACCCGUCGUAACGGAAACGAAGCCCAGUCCCUCCUGCAGACUCUCAACAAAGUCUCAGGUCCACUUGGGAUACGCAUACAGAGAGCUGUCAUGAUCGAGUAUGAGGAUCACCAGGAAUCUCUCCUCAGAGCCCUGCAGCACAAUGUUGGACCCCAAACACAGAUGGUGGUGGUGGUCCUCCCCAACAACAGAAAGGACAAGUACGACAGUGUCAAGAAGUACCUUUGUGUGGACUGCCCCACUCCCAGCCAGUGUGUGAUUUCCCGUACCCUCAGCCGACCCCAGGCACUAAUGACUGUGGCUACAAAGAUUGCACUGCAGAUGGCUUGCAAGAUGGGAGGAGAACUCUGGAGUGUGGAGAUCCCUCUGAAACAGCUGAUGAUUGUGGGCAUUGACUGCUACCAUGACAGUGCUGCAGGGAAAAGGUCCAUUGGCGCGCUAGUGGCCAGCCUCAACCAGAGCAUGAGCAGGUGGUUCUCAAGGUGUGUACUGCAGCACAGAGGCCAGGAAAUCAUGGACGGACUAAAGAAGGCUUUAAGUGCUGCACUGAAAGACUAUCUGAAGAUAAACGGCUGCCUGCCUUCGCGCAUCAUUGUGUACCGAGAUGGAGUGGGAGACGGCCAGCUGCACAGCGUGGUCAACUAUGAGGUUUCACAGAUCAUGGACUCCAUCAAGUCCAUGGGGGAGGACUACUCGCCCAAGCUGAGUGUGGUGGUGGUGAAGAAGCGCAUCAGCAGCAGAUUCUUCGCACACAUGCAAGGCAAGGUGACCAACCCUCCCCCAGGAACCGUCGUUGACUCGGAAGUCACCCGUCCAGAGUGGUAUGACUUCUUCAUCGUGAGCCAGGCUGUCCGCAGUGGAAGUGUCUCCCCAACCCACUACAAUGUUGUGUACGACACCAGUGGAUUGAAGCCUGAUCACAUGCAGCGGCUUACCUACAAGCUGUGCCACAUGUACUACAACUGGCAGGGGAUCAUCAGAGUGCCUGCUCCCUGCCAGUACGCCCACAAGUUGGCUUUCCUUGUGGGUCAGAGCAUCCACAAGGAGCCCAAUAUCAAACUAGACGACUUCCUCUACUACCUAUAAGGAUGAAAAGACAUGCGAUUUGUUUGGCUCUGACUUACAAACUGUAUGUUAACUCGUUAUACUCGUUAAAAGUUCUCUUAAGUUUUAAAUUAAGUUUUGAUGAUGCCAAGAGUGACUUUGCAUUUCUGGCAUCAGAUUGAGACAUGUAGCCUUGUGUGUUGAGUUAGGCAGUUUAAGAGGUUUAUAUUGCAUAUUGGAGUUUAAUGAAAAGACAAACUCACUUUUUCAGAGGUCAAAUACAAGCGCACAUGAUAAAAUGAUCAAUAUGCACCCUGACUAUUGUUGGAAAUGCACUUAAAGUUUGAAAGGUCAUGUGGGUGAAGAUGUUGAGUUUGUGAAUUCACAUAUAUAUAAAAGACUACAUGUUUUUCAUGCUUCCCCCCCCCCCCCGUUUUGAGAUGGCUCAUUAAACAUUUCUUUGAGUAGAAUGUUAUUCCUGGGGUUUAAGUUAAGUCACACAUGCAAACAUUACAAAAUAUCAAAUUUAUUUUUUUUUAUAUAGAAAAGAUUGCACAUGCACACCCACACAAUAAUUUGUAACCAUCAAUAUAGGCUGAUAAUUCUUAUCAUAAAGCUAGCACACAAUUGCAGACUUUUAAACAAUAUGGUCUUCCAAGACACCAUGGGGAAAGCUUGCACUGUUUGAUUAUAAAGUUAAUGUACAAAAAAGGCAGUUUGAAAAUCAAGUAUAAACAUUUAAAAACAAUUUUACAAAUGGACAAAGUACAAAAAGAGCAACAGUCACUCGAAAUGAAUAGAAGCAAUGUCUGAAGACAUGGUCCAGAAAUAGGAAAAGAUGUACAGUUUACAGUUAACCAUAGGUUAACAUGGCUGUUCGGCCGAGAAUUGUACAGAAAGUAUUACAGAAUGUUUUGCAUACAUUCUUUUUUGGCAGUUUCAGUUCAACUCUUGUGUGUGUGUGUAUAGAAAAAAUAGGCUAGAUCUCAAGAUACAUGAGGAUGAAAUGGAAAACAGAAUGGUGUGAGGAAAUAAAAGGUGGACUGUCUCAUUUCACGCACAAAGACGGACAUCUGCACAAUCCUUUUGGGCAGCUUUGAAGAUACAUUGGCUUUCAAUUCAUCAUACAUUCACUACUCUACAUUAAGGUGUAGAUAUAUAGAUACACACACGCACACAGAUAUACAGUACUUGUAUCCUGCACCAACAUAACUUGGGACACACUAAACAGGCAUUGAUGACAGAUUGGCUUGAAUAAACAUUUCAGAUCUAAGAUUUUGGGUUAGAAGGGUAGAGGUAGCCUUGUGUCUCACUGUUUACUACUGUGAAAACGUCAAACUAGUGAAGCCCAAAAGUGUUCAGAUGUUGAACAAUAAUAGGGCUUAAUUUGCUGAUAUCACACAGUAACUACUUCUAUUUGUUCUUUAAUCUGUUCAUGUAAUAUUUUUCUUUGUAGAAUAUUCAUUGUUUUAAAUCAGAUGUGCAUCUGUGUGGCAUCAAAAACAGUGAACUCAAGUAAAAAAUAAAAUCCCUUUAUUUUACUCCGUAGCCCCAAACAGUACAGGGAGAAUUUUUGUCCUAGUCAUCUAUUUUCCAAGAUAUACUUCUAAAAUAAAAAUAUUUUGGGGACAUGAA